CAGCAGAAGUUGUGGAUGAAAACAGAGAUGGAGGCACUGGGACUGUGGUCAGGCUCCCAGCCGGUGAGGCAUACCAUGAACAUGGUGUCACUGUGGCGUUACCCACCUCAGCCGGAGCUCAUUGACCAUUCCUCUGAGCUGCCCUCCCCGAAUUUCUUUCAGCUCCAUCCAUUCUUCAUCUGGAAGCCAGAGCACAGAAUCAUGGAGAGAGUCAGAAGCACUUACAGUCUGCCAUGCCUGUCGGGUUGCCGGAAUCCUCAUGUCGUGUCCUCUGGAGUUGGUCGUCCACGUGUCAUAAUUGGCACGAGUGGCCAGUACUACAUCUUGGCAUCGCGGCUCACCUGCUCGGUUUGCAAGAGGUACUGGUUCGCUGACAAGCCCCAGUGGAUGGACAUGCUUCCUGACAGACUGAGGAACAUCCUGCCGGCUUUUCUGACGCACAAGAAGGCCAUCUGCAAGACGGUGAUGGACGAACUUCGCCGCACUGGAAAGUCCCCAAAUGACAUGGCCAAUCAGGUGAAUGAGGCACUUCAUCUGAAGUUCGAACGGGCACACCUGGCUUACUUGCUGGCUGUGAAGAAUGUCCUGGACGGAGAGAGAGGGCUGUACGGCCAACGGACUAUCACAGGAGCGUUACGGCAAGCAAGUAGUCCAACACCAUUUGGGGAGUAUGAUGAUGCAGAUGGCUGGUGCGGAGUGACCGUGUCUCCACACUACUUGGUCGAGUGUCUCAUACAAGAAUACCACCGGCAAGAAGACGUGCUCACCCAGCUUCUUCAAGGCACAUUUGGACAGGCUUUGAGAGCUGACCACACCCGUAAAGUGGCCCGAAAGGUGGUGCUGGCAUCAGGAACCAUGUCAUCAUAUGCAGUGAUGAACGAGAACUGGAUGAUCCUGUCCUGGGUGAUGCUACAGUCGGAGUCUGACAAGUCCCUGGAACCACUGUACGAGGGGCUGUCCAAUAGGUACACCUCGGCGGGGAUUCCGAAAGCCAUGUACCAGUGGGUUGACAGGGACUGCUGUGCUGCAUUCCACAUCCCAAACCCUGCGCCUCUGGAGCACCUCAACUGGGACCUCUGGAAGACCACGGACGACAUCAUUGCUGCUGCAACCUCUGGGCCCCUUUCCAACACCUGUUCCGCACGAAGCAAGUUCAACGACUCCAUCAACAUCAAGUUGGACUUGUUUCACUGCAUGCGCCGCUUGUCAAGGGAGUGUGUGUCCGAGCACCAUCCACUACACAGCACCUUCUGCAAGUUCCUGUCAGCAGCUUUCAAUGUGGUGGAUCAGGCAGACCUGCAGAGACUCAGAGAUGCCUACAAGUUUUGUGGCAUUGAGCCUGCCAACCCCACAAAGCAACACAUCAAACAGCAUUGCAGGUCCAGAAUUCCACCUCCCGACGAGCUGCUGGAAAGAGUGGAGAGGGUGCUGCAUAAGUUCCACCUGGAAAGCGACCCUGAUGGAGUGCCCCUUUUCAAGCCAUCAAUGCUGAAGGUAUGGAGGAUUCAGCGGGUCCAUAUUCUUCGCGGUUGCCUGAGUGACCCUGCGGUUGAUGAGGCAAUUCUCUACCGGCACGGUGGAACAGUGCAACUGAACCAUCUACCAGGCGAGGGAGCGGCUGUCCCCCUGUGGAUACCGGUGAGAGGCACAUCACAACAGGAGGGCUUCCAUUUCCACCAGGCAAAAUGGGUCACUGGAAAUCUGGUGUCAACGGAGCUAUUCCAGGCCCAGGGCAUGAUUGGUGUAACACGGUGGAACUUCCAACGCCUUCUGGACCUGAAGUUGCCGGAUGUGAAGCUCCCUUGUGUUUUUGACCCGCUCCUGAUGAUGGAGCUGAAUAGGGCAUCGGAGGCAGUGACAGGGCAGAUAAAAUACCCCAUCUUGCGUGUCUCACAGGCAGACACAGGGGAAAGAUUUGGACUCCAGUAUGUGGAGCCUGGCUGCCGACCCAUCCCAUUACAAUGGGACAAGAACAAGGCCCAGAAGGAUGCUGGUGCUGCUGUCGAGGAAGAGCAUCCCUUUGAACAGGCUGCUGAUCCACUUCAGGAGAUGACAGAGGACCAUCCUGCAGACACUGUGCCACAGGAUGCCUUUGAUCCACUCGACAUCUUGAAUCAGCCUAUCAAAGUUGAAGCUCCCUCAGUGACGCCCCCGGCACUUCCUCACUUUGCCUCUCCGCGAGCUGCACGAACGGGUUCUGUCAAGGCAGGAGGAUUGGUUUUUGUCCUGAACCACUUCCGGUGGACACAGCCGAUGAGGGACGCAAUCGAUGGCCUUCUCACUAAAUACCAUGGACAGAAGGACUUCCUUUCCAAGGUGGACCACGAUUAUGCUGCCCUCGUACAGGCUGCCUCCCGCAACCCAAACAGCCUCUUACAUCCCACCACCAAACAGCACAUAUCGCGCUACGUCAAGCACAUGGCCAAGCAGAUCAACGCCAGCUCUUCUCUGAAUACAAGCCCAGAAAAACUUUUGGAGACGCAGCAGCUGUGGCAUGAUCUCACAGCGGGGAGUGAGACGGUCAGUGUGCCAGUGGUAACCCUCCCACCUGCACCAGUUAAUCCACCCAGCAGCAGUGUACCUCAGGAAGCAUCUGUGACUAAGGCGGAGGUGGAGCAAAUGAUUAGGGACAUUGUGCAAGAGCAGCAGCAGCAGCAACCACCACCACCAAAAAGGACAAGGAACUGUCUUGCCUGUGGCCAACCGAAGUCCCGCCACCGUGGAGAUGGCACCUCCAUUCAUCUGUUUUAUCAGUCUGGGGAGGUUAAGUACUUUUACUGCUCUACAAAAGUACAUCAGACCUAUGCAGCAGAAGGUCUGACAAAUCCCAGAAUGCCGUUUGAUGACUUUGCAAAGACUCCUUUUUUCACAAGGGAGCUGGAGACUGCAAAGGAGCGAUCUGCACAGUACAGGCAGAUGAAAGAGGAGCGUGACAAGAGGAAGGCUGCCGAGCAACUGCCCACUGGUCGUCUGUGUAGGUUCUGCCACAGACCGAUCAAACAAGGACCAGAUAGUCCUCAUAUUCACACUGGGUUCCCGGGUGUGGUGGGCAAGUAUGUUUACUGUCCUGCAAAAGUGUUGGACCUGUACAAGGACAAAGGGAUGACUCGUGAACUGUCCUGGCUUGAGUUCUGUGAGUCUCCCUUUUAUGACACUGAAAAGCAGAGGUGGGCAGCAGAGAAGGGCAAACGAUAA